UUUUCUACACACACAUAACUAUAAACAGAGAGUGGAGGGACAUGCCUUGUCUCUCAAGAAAAAAAGAUUCACUUCACUCAAAAAGACUUGAUAGUUGAUACUUGCAACCAUAGCAAGAAAGAGCUUCCCACUCAGUAAUAUAAAUACAUUCAAAGGUGUUUUGAAAGUCUAUUUUGUUGAACUACCUCAUGAUAAGCAAGGUUUAGAGUGUUCGCCAGUUCUUUCAAGACUUGAAGAACGAUUAUAGCAGAUGCAAAAAGAAAUUACUGCCACUAUUUUCCCUUCUCCUCACCGGCGACCACCGUGGCUGGAGCCUCCGGACGUGGGGUAGAUUGGCUAAAAAUCAAUCUUUUCAAGCUGUUACAAAUUGUUGUUGGUGUUGCAAAUGCGUGGGAAUGCAGACGAUACCCAUCCCCAAUCUUGUUAUUACUCAUCAUGGUGAAACAUUAUAGUUUCACCAUUUGUAGUUUAUGCCCUCCCGCUUCAGUGCGCAACCAAGAAACCUUCCUCUGUCCCAAAUUCAGAAGUUCAUACCUAAAAAGUGGAGGAGUGUCAGAGAAUCAGACCCCCGAAACUGUGGCCAGUCCUUGCUGUGUAGUUCUCAUGAAUGUAUUUCAGGGCCUUGUAAAAGUAUUGAAACUAUGGUGGAUUGCCUACUGACAACCUUGAAGGACUUUGCGGGCCAAGGUCACAUAUGCAAAGCCUUUAGAACUUUUUCUCUAAUUCAGACUCAUGUCUCCUCUCAAACCCCUUGUGAUCUUGUUAUACAAUCAUUAGCAUCUCUUUUAUUAUGUUGUACUAAUAGUGAGUCACUUUCCGAAGGGAAACAGAUUCAUGCCUGCAUUAUUAAUUUGGGCGUUGCACAUAGUUGGAAUUUGGUACCAAGGAUAAUUACCUUUUAUACGACCUUUGGUUUACUUGAUGAUGCUCAUGUAAUUGCCGAAACUUCAAAUGUUUUGCACCCUCUCCCUUGGAAUCUCCUUAUUUCUUCUUAUGUUAGAAGAGGGAAAAAUGAAGAGGCAUUCUCUGCCUAUAGGAAGAUGGUGAAUAGAGGUAUAAGACCCGAUGAAUUCACUUAUCCAUCUGUUCUAAAGGCCUGUGGUGAACAAUUACAUCUUGCUUUUGCCCGGGAUAUUCACAAAUCUAUAGAUGCUAGUUUCCUAGAGGGUAACUUGUUUGUCCAGAAUGCUUUAGUUUCCAUAUAUGCGAAAUGUGGGGAAGUGGAUGUUGCACGUGAUAUAUUUGAUAGGAUGCCAGUUAAGGAUGCAGUUUCUUGGAAUUCAAUGAUCUCUGCUUAUGCUUCCAAAGGUAUGUGGAGUAAAGCUUUUGAGCUUUUUGAUACAAUGAGGGCUACUGGUGCUGAAAUGAAUAUUAUUACUUGGAACACCAUAGCUGGAGGUUGCGUGAAGACGAGUAACUUUAUUGGGGCUCUUAAAUUGUUCUCUCAAAUGAGAACUUGUGGAAUUCAGCUAGAACCUGUGGCAACACUUAUUGGUUUGGGUGCAUGUUCCCACACUGGUUUGAUAAAAAUUGGAAAAGAAAUUCAUGGUUUAGUGAUUCGAAGUCACCUUGAUGAUUUUGAUAAUGUAAGAAACGCUUUAAUCAAUAUGUAUGCCAGGUGCAAGGCACUUAAGCAGGCGCACAUAUUGUUUCAGUUUGUUGGCUCUAAAACUGUAAUUACCUGGAAUACAAUCAUAUCUGGCUUUGCACAUUGGGACAGGUCUGAGGAAACUUCAUUUCUUUUCCGAGAAAUGCUGUUUUCUGGUGUUGAGCCAAAUUAUAUCACUAUAGCAGCCAUUCUUCCCCUUUGUGCUAGGGUGGCAAAUCUACAACAUGGUAAAGAAUUUCACUGCUAUCUUACAAGGCGUGAAGGGUUUGAGGAACAUUUGCUCUUGUGGAAUUCGCUUGUGGAUAUGUAUGCAAGAUCUGGAAAGGUAGUAGUAGCUAGAAAGCUAUUUAAUUUGAUGAGCAAGAAAGAUGCAGUUACCUACACUUCGCUGAUAGCAGGAUAUGGUAUUCAAGGUGAAGGAAGAGAAGCAAUUGAACUAUUUAAUGAGAUGGUAAGGCUCCAUAUAAAACCAGACCAUGUGACCAUGAUUGCUGCUUUGUCUGCCUGCAGUCAUUCAGGCCUUGUGAUGCAGGGCCAGAAAUUAUUUGAACAGAUGCAAAGUACUUAUGGUAUAAGUCCUCGUUUGGAGCACUUCUCUUGCAUGGUUGACCUCUUUGGUAGGGCUGGUCUACUCAAAAAGGCAGAGGAAAUCAUCAUAAAGAUGCCUUAUGAACCAACACCUGAAAUGUGGGCAACUCUCCUUGGAGCAUGUAAGAUUCAUAGGAAUACUGAGAUAGGAGAGUGGGCAGCUGAGAAACUGCUGGAGCUGAGGCCCGAUAAUCCUGGAUACUAUGUUUUGAUUGCUAAUAUGUAUGCGGAUGCUGGGUGUUGGAACAAACUGGCAAAAGUGAGGACCAUCAUGCGGGAUUUCGGUGUAAGAAAGUCUCCAGGAUGUGCUUGGGUCGAUACGGGUUCUGGCUUUUCUCCCUUUUUGGUUGCAGAUACCUCCAGUGGCCAAACAAAUGAAAUUUAUUGUCUACUAGGAGGACUGAAUAGGCAAAUGAAAGACACUGGUCAUUUGACUACAGAGGAUUCUUCUUCCGAAGAAGAACUUUGUGAAGGACUCCUUUGACUAUUUCCAUAAGAACUUUGCUCAUCUUUCCUUUUGCAAGAUAUUUCUCAUCGCUCAUGCAGAAUAUGUGCCAGUUUGAUCAAACAUUCUGCGUUUUCUGCCACGGAUGAGGUAAAUGACUCUGGCAUUAAAUGCCCUCUUUUAUGCAUAUCAGCACCUUCUUUUAACCAUGUCAGGGAAAAGUUAGCAAAUACGUUGGCUUGUGAUUCUUGCAAUGCCAUAGUUGUCUUUUCGCUCCCCCUUGUCUGAAGCUCGGAUGAUUUUCUUGAUCUUUAUGAUCGCUGAUGAUUUUUUCUCUUUACGGGUUGCAGGUUAUGGAAAGUAAGGGAACACUUUGAGAAUCUAUAUCAGUCUUCAAGGCGUUUGAUCUCAGUUAGAAUGCCCACGGUUCUUUCCCUGCAGCAUAUGUUUUCAUUUCGCAAGAUGAUCCCUUGGUGCAGACUCAUUCUGUUCCAAAUAUUACUAUUGUUCAUUUUAUUAUUGAUGCUCUUUAUAGGCGUGUUCAUCCUUUCUUGAUUUACUCUCUGAAAUCACAUGGUGCAGACUCAUUCUAUUCCAAAUAUUUUCUUUUGAUGUACUCCAUGAAGUAUUUAUAUCAAGGACUGCCUUUAAUCGAUCUUGAGAGGAGGACUUGUCACUUUUGUCUUAAGAUGGAUAUAGAAAUAACAAAUAAUAAGAUUCAACAUAUAGUUAUUCAAUCGGAUUCUAAUAAAAGCGUGCUUCAUAUUCCUGAAGAGAAACUAGAAGGGGUGGAGGAAACCAUAGAGAAGGUGACAUUAAUUUCUGCUUUAUAAUUUGGAACGGAAUGAUGUUUGCAAUUUUUCACUAUUGUAAUUUUCUUGAUAUUUUUGGGUUGCUUUCUUGCAGGUAACUUAUAGCUGUCAGUGUUUUGCUAUUCUUGCAGUGUGGGGUUCCUUGAUUGGAUCUUUUCUUUGUUUUAUCAAGGGUUGCUCAUGUGUGAUAACUUCAUUCCAAGGGUACUUUGCAAGCCGAGCAAAGAUUACUGUGCAUCUUGUCGAAGCUAUAGGUGUGUCAUUAACUAUUUGUGUUCCUUCUCAUCAACGUAGUCUAUUUAUCUUCCUUUCUCUAUCAUGUUAUUGCUAGUAAGGAUGAGAUGUAGCAGCCACUGCCCUCAUGAAGAGGUUUUUUUCUCUUAGUAUAAUGAUGUCGAUUUAUAGCUAAAUUAAUAAAUGAGAUUAUCGCUACUUUUAUAUAAAAAA